AUGGGGAUGGCGGCUGCCAUGGAGAAGAUGGGCACGAUCACUCGAAAUGAUAUUACCCCGGCCAUCCAGUCCCUCCUUUACUCACAGAUCGACUUCGACUCCAUCACUACACUGAAUGCUGGAAUUGUCCAGAAGACAUGGGCGGAGCGACUCGACGACAAGCCAGAGCUCGAGAGCGACGCCGAUGAGCAACUGCUCAUGUACAUCCCGUAUGUUUCUCCCUUCUUUACCUCGAUCGGGGCGAGAGCUGUCUAUGUCAUGGUCUUUCAAGCGACCGCAAACCUGCUACCCCGCCAACGACAGGUGAAGCUCCAUGCACUCUUGUUGUACACUGCGCCGACGCCCGCAGCCCCCAAGACGUUGAAGCUGUUCAAGAAUCGUGAUGAUCUUGAUUUCUCAACCGCUUCGGAGCUCUCGCCAACACAAACCAUUGAGAUCCCGCAGCCAGUAGUCGGGGCCGAUGUUUUCGAGCUCCCCCUCAACCGGGCCCACUGGAACACAACAACAUCCAUCACGCUCUUCUUUGAAGAUAACUGGAGCGACGGUGAGGAUGAUGUUACGAAGGUCGGCUAUGUUGGCUUCAAGGGCCAAUUCAUGGCGUUGAACCGGGAACCCGUCAGCUUCUUGUAUGAAGCUGCCGCCAAUCCUAACGACCAUGUCGCAAUCCCAGGAGUGAGUGGUGUUGGAGGGCGAAUCAUGCCCGGUCAAUGA